GAGGUAAACUUCAUCUCAGUGUGUGUGUGUGUGUGUGUGUGUGUGUGUGUGUGUGUGUGUGUGUGUGUGUGUGUGUGUGUGUGUGUGUUAAGCCACGUUCCACACGGUAGCUGAUCUCAGUUUCUAAAUUGACGCUCUCUGAGUCUGAGGUGAUGGACUCGUUUAUUCAGCAACAGCAGGGUCACUCGGGUGUUGGUGACUCUUUCCUGGAACAUUUGUGUUUAUUGGACAUUGAUCAGGAGCCAAUCGCAGCACGCAACACUGGCAUCAUCUGCACCAUCGGCCCAGCGUCUCGCUCUGUGUCGAAGCUGCAGGCUAUGGUGAAGGCAGGAAUGAACAUUGCUCGUCUCAACUUCUCCCAUGGAACCCACGAGUAUCACAGAGAAUCUAUCCGGAAUAUUCGUGAAGCAGUGGAGUCAUUGACCUCUGACCCUCUGACCUAUCGACCAGUGGCCAUUGCCUUGGAUACCAAAGGACCCGAAAUACGCACUGGCCUGGUACGAGGGCUCGUGGAUGGUGAGGUAAAGCUGGAGCGUGGCUCUGUGGUGACGGUGGUGACGGCGGAAGCGGAUCGGAAUGUGACGGAUGGUUCCCGUGUUUGGGUGGAUUAUCCUGAUCUGUCCCGCGUGGUAAAGACAGGAGGAACCAUUUACAUCGAUGAUGGACUCAUCGCCCUCACAGUGCUGCACAUCGGUGACGGGUGGGUGAAGACUCGGGUGGAGAGUGGUGGCAUUCUUUGUAGCCGUAAAGGUGUGAACCUGCCGGGGGCAGAGUUAGUGAACUUGCCUGCAGUGAGUGAACGGGACAGAGCCGACCUGCAGCUGGGAGUGGACGAGGGAGUGGACAUCGUCUUCGCUUCCUUCAUCCGCUGUGCCGAGGAUGUGAGGGCCGUUAGGAGGGCUCUAGGACCCAGUGGAGCUAAAAUCAAAGUCAUCAGCAAGGUGGAAAACAGACAGGGCGUGCAGAAUUUUGAUGAGAUACUGAGGGAGAGUGAUGGAGUGAUGGUUGCUCGUGGUGAUUUAGGGAUUGAGAUUCCAGCAGAGAAAGUGUUCAUCGCACAGAAGAUGAUGAUUGGACGCUGCAACUCAGCGGGAAAACCAGUCAUUUGUGCCACACAGAUGUUGGAGAGUAUGGUAUGUAAUGCCCGGCCAACCCGUGCUGAGAGUAGCGAUGUAGCCAACGCUGUGCUGGAUGGAGCCGACUGUGUCAUGCUGUCUGCAGAGACGGCUAAAGGGCGCUACCCAGUGGAGGCAGUGUCCAUGAUGCACUCAAUCUGCAGGGAGGCUGAGGCGGCUCUGUUCCACCAGCGGGUGUUUGAGGAUCUGAGACGUCUCACUGCUCUCAGCUCAGACCCCACAGAGGUGACGGCGAUCGGAGCAGUCGAGUCGAGUUUCAAAUGCAGUGCAGGGGCCAUCAUCGUCCUCACUACCUCUGGGAGGUCUGCCCAUCUGCUAUCUCGGUACCGCCCCCGCUGUCCCAUCAUUGCUGUGACGAGGAAUGCUCAGAUGGCCCGCCAAUCACAGCUGCUCUGGGGAGUAUUCCCCGCCCUCUUCCAAGUCGCCCCUGCUAAGAUUUGGGCUGAUGAUGUUGACAACAGGGUCACCUUUGGCAUGGACAUAGGUAAAGUGCAAGGCUUCUUUAAACCAGGUGACAUGGUGAUCAUAGUGACUGGAUGGAGCCCUGGAUCUGGACACACAAACAUCAUGAGAGCAGUGACAGUGUCAUGAAUCCUCAACUCUGAUUGGAUACAGCCUUUACACUCAACUCUGAUUGGAUACAGGCUUUAAACUCUUAACUCUGAUUGGACACAAAUACUGACUCAUGUUAUUCAUUAAAUGUUUCUGGUAAAUUGCUUAAUAAAAUAGAAGUCAAACUGAAA